GAAGUUAGCUAUCUGCUCUCAGUGCAUUAUCAAUCUGGGCGCCGUGCUCAGUUAGGAACUAACUUAUGUAUUGUAAUGUAUCUCUCAUUGAAGUGUCCAAUAACUGCAUCCGUGCUCAAUUUCAUAAACGGCAUUUCUGCAAGUGUUAUUUUGGCAGAAUGCUCGGUUUAAUAUAUCAAUGAAAGCUGUAAAGUUUCUUGUCAGUUGAAGACUCACAAUGAUUAGCAAUUUAGGAUUUUUUAUUUAACGAUGCAAAAAUGGAUAAAUAUCGUUCUCGUGAGGAAAACAGCGUUAACAGGAUAUCCCUCCAUCUAAAGAUUUUAUAUGGAAUUUUAUUUAUCAAUUGCUCAGUAACGUUACUAAUGAUAAUGAUGUGGUACACAAGUUACCUUGGUGGUCAAUGUAAAAAAGACGACUUCCAAGAUGGACCGGAAGUCCGUAUUACAGCAAAUUCUCACACGAACCUUACGGAAGAUAAAUCAGAAUAUACCAUGAGAAAGCGACGCUCGUAUACUGCAAAUGUGCCAUCAAGCUGUGCUGUGUUCAUUCGUGACUGUAAAGACACAAUACAAGAUUCGUUCUUAUUGAAAGGACAGAAAGGUGACAGGGGUUAUACCGGCGUUCCAGGGGUAACCGGAAGUACAGGGCAAAAAGGAUCUAAAGGUGAUACUGGGGCCAUUGGACCGAUUGGGCCCAGGGGACGCAGAGGAGAAGUAGGACUUCCGGGUUUACGAGGCUCACCCGGCGAAAGGGGGUUUCCUGGUGAACCAGGAAUCCCAGGAGAACCCGGAUUACCAGGACCGAAGGGAGACAAAGGGAAGCAGGGGCUUCUGGGAUUUCCCGGUGAUGACGGACCAGCAGGUCUUAUAGGAGAGAAGGGGGCACCUGGUGAAAGAGGACCCCCUGGACCAUAUGGGCCAGUGGGGCCCACGGGCCCUCCAGGUCCAAUAGGAUAUAAAGGAGAUAAAGGCUACAGAGGUCUUAUCGGAUACACGGGGCAUAAAGGUGACAAAGGAGAAGUCGGGCCUAAAGGCGACCAAGGUUACGGAUAUCCGGGAGUGACCGGCCCCAGGGGACCAAAGGGAGAUAAAGGUGAAUGUCAAGCUUCUUCCUUCAAAAUGGAAAACCUGAAAAUGGAAAGAGAUGCCACAAAUCGUCCAGUUCGCACGCCCCAAAGAGACAAAUUUGUUGAAACUUCAUACGGCAGAAAUGUGAAGAGCGACACAAAUUCAGACAAGAAAAUUAGUUGGUGGGCGUUUUCAAUGAUUAUCAUCUAUGCAAUUUGUUGAUGAAUGUCGUUUGCGGUAGGAAAUACUUGCUACCAUGGGAUAAACAAGACUUCAUGUGACACUAAUCUCAACAUGGACGACCGGAGAAGCAGCGCUUCCCGCUACACACAAAGGCCUAGGAGAGACAACUACGAAAAAGCUUGGUGCGACGACUAUACAUGUAUCGAAAUCGGCAAACAUCAUAAUAUUACUUGGAAUAUAUGUAUAAAUCAGGUUUUCGUUUUAUUUGAACCACUCAAUCAUGAAUUAUGUUAACAUUUUAUUCCACGUUCAAUCAAAGCUAAAUGAUCCAUGUAAAUUGUAAAAUAUUAGAUAAAAAUCCUCUGUAUAUUAUCCGAAACUUUCCAGAACAAUUCUAAUGAUCAUGAUUUGAUUUCAGUAUGCUGAAUGUUGCAGCAUGUUUUCUUUUCUUUUUGUCGUUACAUGUGAGUUAGAUUGCCUCGGUAUUGGUCACAAGUGCUUGUUUCGGUAAUAAAUUUUAACCCGUACCAGUAUAGUACGUAUUAAAAUAACACAAGUUAUCUAACUCCGAAUUACACAGAGUACCCCCUCCCCAGAAUCGCAGUCAUUUACACUCUCAGAGGAAAUACAGUGACAAAUUGCUUAUACCUAUGUCAUCUACACAACUUUAUACAAGGCAUGACUGUCUUUAUUUUCUUUAGUCUCUGUAAGCAGCAUCAAAACUCUGCUCGCCAAGUGGAUAUUCAACCAUGGAAUGAUAUAUGCAGAGAUUUUGACUGGCUGAAACUCUAUUCCUAAAAUUAAAUCAGAUAAAAAUUCUAAUAUUAUCGGGGAAAAUCAGACAAGUAAACAAGUUCUAUUUACUAACAGAAAUAUUAAAACACAGGAAUUAAUAGAAUUUUUUUUUAAACCCACUCAUUUUUUUUUUUCAAAUUUUGUUCUCUGUGCGGGGUUAAAAAUUUAUUACCCAAACAAGUGCCCGUGGUAUUGGUGAAUAAAUUUAACUUUUGAACAGUAACUAGACAACAUUGCAAUGCGAUCAACAAUGAUAGAUUUAAUGUAAGUGAAAGUGAUUAAAAUGGAUGUAAGUGUAAGUUUGUGAAACUUGUGCUUGAAACUUGAUUUUAUAAAACAUUGUCAAUUUAUUUAAUGGCGGUUGUGUGAACUCCGAAUUAAUAUUACAGAGUGUACUCAUUAAUUGUUUUGAUUGUAAUUUAUUUCUCAUUCUUUAUGAGUGCCAUAUGUGGUUAAUAGGAAUUUUUUUACUUGCUUUACUUUUAUAAAUAUAAUAAUUUUAUGGUUUCAUGCUAAAUUAUAAAUUUCCUGUGUGUCCAGUUUGUUACUCUUUAAAAAUAAAUGU